CCUGUGGAGGGAGCAUGCGCACGGCCCACCCUCCGGCACAAAAUGGCGGAACGGGCGCACAACUGAAAGCGCGAGAAGGGGCUGAGGGAAAGGAGUGUGGAGCCACACAAUACAAGCAUCCGGCAUUUAAUAGGGAAAAUCAGAUUAUAAACCUCCAAAAGGCCCCACCGGGACAGAGUGAUCGCUAAGGGCAACGUCACCUAUUGCAGCCAGGUGAGCCGAGCUUCUCCUGCGUGCUCGCACUGAGAUUCAAAUGGGAGCCGUUGGUUUGCGCCGCUCCAGGGGCGAAAGAAAAAUGUGGCGGUAACACCAAAAUGGCAAAGAGGACUGCAGACAAGGAACUAACUGACCGAAAUUGGGAUCAGGAAGAAGAAUCUGAAGAGGCAGGUACUUUCUCGGUUGCAAGUGAAGAUGUGCUGAAAAACAGAGCUAUCAAAAAAGCAAAACGCAGAAAUGUUCUCACUGAGACUGAUGGAGGUGGAGUUUUCAAAGGAUUCUCUGGUCUGUCUUCAACUGGAAAUACUGGUUUUGGAGGAUUUGGAAAUGGUUCUGGUUUCAAGCCUCUGCAAGGAUUGUCCAAUGGAAGCACUCCAUCGUCAUCCUCUUCAACAUCUGUCCUCAGUUGUGCUACUGAUGUAAAUGACGCAGUGGGUUCUUUUCUGUGUAACGGUCCUCCUUCAAAUCCCUUGGCGAAAGGUGAAAUAGGUACAAAAGCAAAUGGUGUUAAUCAACUUAACACUCGGAGUAAAACGGGCUGUAACGAAUACAACAAACAACUCGCAGCACUAAAUUGUUCAGUCCGGGAUUGGAUCACCAAACAUGUCAAUGAGAAUCCGCUAUGUGAUUUGACCCCAAUCUUCAGGGACUACGAGAAGCAUUUGACGAGCAUUGAGCAGAAAUAUGGUAGCAGCUCUGAUAGUGGGUCAGAGAGUGACACAAGCAGCAAGAGGCCAGAAACGCAGUCUAUUAACACAUUUGGUGUUUCCAAAACAUCACCAGGGACAACCCCACCACCCAUCUUUUCAUCUGUUAAAAGCAAUGAUAUUAUUCCACUCACUUCAGAAAUGAAACCUGAGACUACAAUAGAAAAUAGUGGAAACAGCAGCUUCCUCUUUGGGAAAACAGUGGAAAAACCACCUUUAUCUGGCUUUUCUUUCAGUAGUGGUACCUCAGGCUCAUUAUUUGGAAAAGAUCUAAACCAAGAAAAGUCUGGAGUUCCAACAUUUUCCUUCACCGCAUCUGUAGCAAAACCAGAAGAAAUAAAUAGCAGUGAGCACAAAGGCGAAAAAGAUGAAGAGAAUGAAGAACCUCCCAAACCAAUUGUGACUGAAGUCAAAGAAGAGGAUGCAAUCUUUUCCAAGAAGUGUAAACUGUUCUACAAGAAAGAUGGGGAUUUCAAGGAAAAGGGAAUUGGUACAAUCCAUUUGAAACCUGUGACAGAUCAAAAGAUCCAGUUGUUGGUGCGAGCAGAUACAAAUCUUGGAAAUAUUUUACUGAACAUUAUGCUUCAUCCGUCACUGCCUUGUACAAGGACAGGAAAGAACAAUAUCCUUAUUGUUUGCAUUCCCAACCCUCCCAUUGAUGAGAAGAAUCCUGACACUCCUGUUCCCAUUUUGAUUCGUGUGAAAACCACUGAAGAUGCAGAUGAGCUCCACAAAAUUAUAACUGAGAAAAAACUUGCACAUCAAGUGUAAUUCUGGCUUAAUUUAGUGUUUAUAAAGAGUUUUUGCCAAGUUGCUGCUAGGGUCGUUUUCUUUUCUUUUAAUAAAAUUAGUGAUUGGGUGAAAGUGUUGGUUAGGCAGAUUGCACUUCAUUACAUUCAUCCUAAUUUGGAUAUGGCUAGGCAUUGUCCUUUUUUGUCUAUGUACUGAAGUUGCUUUCUGCAUAUGGUUGUCACCUAAUUUGAUAUUCUUAACAACAUUGUUAACUCUAUUUUAUACCUAAAGUUUGAUUAAAUGGGGCCAGCAUAUUCUUUCACCUUUCAAUCCUGGUCAUGAAAGAAUUUACAUGUGAACAUGGAGAUCAGAAAUUUUACGACUUACGUCUGCUAACAUUCAGUCUUGCUAAACAGUUUUCCAGAUUCCUGUAUGGGGCUACAUGCAGCAGUGAUGUUUGAGGCUGUUCCAAUGAUUGUAGUAUGUUAGAAAUUCUCUUUUUUGUUUUAAACUCCUACCUCACUUAACCCCUCAAAAGCCAAUUGAGAGUAUUUUUCACAAAGUGAGAAAAUGAGACUUGUACCAGAUGUGGUAGAAUACAUAGAACUCGGGAGAACUUGGAAACUAAAAUGAGCAAUAAAGGGUGGAAAUCAAGCAAACCAAAUCAGCCAAAAAAAAUCGAUCUGGAUUAAAAAGGCUCCUCGAGGGAGGAAAAAAGGAAAUGACCAGUGAACAGAAUAAAACAUAACCAGAUUGUGGUUUUUAAAAAACACAAAGUUGGAUCUUUUGUCAUUUCUUCCAAGGUCUCUUGUGCUGUCCAUUUUAGCUACGUGUAAGCCACAUAUUCAUUUCAUGUCAUUAAAAUUGUAAUAAAAAAUUACAUUGCAUCUACUGAUUUGUUGAGCUUUUUUCUGUACUUAGCAUCUUCUAUAUAGUUUCACUUCAAAAAAUGUUGCCACAUAAUGUGCAAAUCUACAUCAUAACUUGAAUUUGGUUUCUGCUAAUGCACUGAUAAUGUUAUGCAAUGUAAUCUCCCUCAAACAAUGGCAUUACUUAAUUUGCUCUGGUCAGCUUUGCUUAUUUUAUCCAUGUAUACUGUAUUUCAUUAAGUAAAAUCACGUUUUCUCAAA